UUUUGGGUAUGAUUAAGUCAAUUUUGUAAAUAAAUAACAAAAUUUUUAUUUUAAGUAUUAGUAGGUGACAAGUGAUAGACCGAAAUGGCUGAAAUUAUUAGAAAACUUAUUAGUACUUCUAAAGCAGCAAAGCCUGUUGCGCCUUAUAAUCAAGCUGUUGUUGUUGAUCGAACAGUUUAUGUAUCGGGAUGUUUAGGUUUAGAUAAGGAAACUAAGCAAUUAGUUGUUGGUGGCGCAGCAGAGCAAACCCGGCAAGCCUUACAAAAUUUAAUUGUUACAUUAGAAGCUGCUGGAUCAGGUGUUGAUAAAAUUAUCAAAAAUACAAUUUUCGUUAAGGAUUUAAAUGAUUUUGGAACUGUUAAUGAUGAAUACAAAAAAGUAUUCACUUCACACUUUCCGGCACGAUCAUGUGUUCAAGUAGCUCGUUUACCUAUGGAUGCCUUGGUUGAGAUCGAAAGUAUUGCAUUGACUGGUAAAGUGAAAACGGAAACAAUAUCGGAUUGACUAACCGACAAUGAAAGUAAUAAUGACAAUUGCCGUUCAUCAAAACUGUAAAAUUUUUAAAUCAUAAUUCAAUGUGAUUUAAUUUUAGCCUAUGCGCAUAAUAUGUAGUCUAUAAUGAAGAAUAUUAAUAAAUGAUAGCAAAUGAAAUUAAAGU